UAUUUGAACAAAAAUGACCUAAUAAAACGUCACAGUCUUCUUCUCUUCUCUUCAUUAUUCUCAACUUUUUCUUUCACCCACACACUUCACUAAUAACAACACUAUGCAGCAACCUGCCACCGGCUACCCAGCCCCACCACCCUACAACAACCACAACGGCGCCGCACCUCAAUACCCCUACGCUGCACCCCCUCAAUACUACAACCCACCCCCACCUCGCUCAUACGCUUCCCGCUCCUUCUUCCGCGCUUUCUUCGCCACUAUGAUCUGCCUCGCCGUUAUCUUCGGCGUAAUCCUCGUCAUCACCUGGCUCGUCCUUCGUCCUUCCCUCCCAACCUUCACUCUCACCACUCUCUCCCUCUCCUCCUUCAACACCUCCUCCCAAUCCCUCACCGGCACGUGGCGUCUCACCUUUAACGUCCGCAACGGUAAUAACAAACUCUCCGUUAACUAUAACGCUCUCCGUUCUUCAAUCUUCUAUCACUCUAACUACAUCGCUGAAUCCAAUCUUGCUCCGUUUAAAAUGGACACGAAAUCUGAAGCGAAUCUUAAUGCUACUUUUUCUGCUGUUAACGCUUAUCUUGAUUCGCGUGUGGUUGACGCUCUUAAUGGUGAUAGAUCAAAAGGUUCUGUUCCGUUUGAUGUGCAGAUUGUGGCUGAAUCUUCGUUUCGUUCGGGUUCUUGGAGGUUUAGGACGAGGAUUUUGAAGGUUUUGUGCAGGAAAAUUGAUCUUGGGAUUUCGUCAAAUUCGACUUCUGGUGAAUUGAUUGGCGGAUAUAGAGAUUGUCAGGUGUGGACUUGAAUUGAAUUGAAUUGUUUAAGGGUUUAGCUUAAUUUGUUUUAGGGUUUUUUUUUCCCCUUUUUGAAACCCUAGCUAGAUUUGAAAAUUGGAUUUGGUGAUUAAUGUUUUUAGUGGUUUAUGACUAUGGGUUUUGAUUUUAAUACGAAAUCGAGUAUUGAUGAUUAGUUUAUGAUUGUAUAUAAUUUUCACGUGUUAUAUUAGUUUAUAUGCUUUGUGAAUCUUGACUUUUAUAUGUUAUUGAUCAUUGACUGAAGAAUUGGUCUAUUCUGCUGCUGAGUGUAAUGGCUAAUUCCUUACUUAACAAUGUUAUUUUUAGGUUUA